AUGUCCCAUUCAACUAGAUGUGCAGCUUGCAAAUCUUUGAGAAGGAGAUGCCCUAAAGAUUGUGUUCUUGCACCAUAUUUUCCUCCCACCAAUCCACAAAGAUUCGCUUGUGUUCACAAAAUCUUUGGUGCUAGCAACACUACCAAAAUGCUAGAGCAACUUCCACUGCAUUUACGAGCUGUGGCAGCGGAUUGCAUGUCUUUCGAAGCAAGUUCACGUGUCGAAGACCCAGUCUAUGGAACUGUUGGGAUAAUCUCUCAACUCCAAGAACAAAUAAUUGAGGCUCAGUCUGAGCUAGUGAAGACAAAGAGUGAAAUAGCCUUUCAUAAUGCACAACAACAACUACAGCAACAACAAAUGCAGCAGCUGCAAAUGAUUAAUGCUAUUGCCCAAGAAGGUGAAGAUUGGCCCUCAUCGUUCAGUUCAAGUCAACAAGAUCCUUUCCCCAACGUUAAUCAACAGCUAUUUGAAGACUACAACUAUUCCAAUACUUUUUGUGGCUUUGAAUUUUGAGCAAAUUAUAAAUUUAGUUUAUCGACGAGUGAUGUUAAGAAUACUACAAACAAUUUAGAUAUUCGUAUAUUAUAUCAUUGAGGUGGUAGUAAUUAAUCACUUGAACUCUCUCAUUUGUAUUAUUUGUUUUCUUCUUAGCUUUUGAGGUAUUUGAAAAUAAAUUUCCUUAACAUCAUGACAAAAAUGAUAGACAUAUUGUAGCACCAAGCUUCCCAAAGUAACUAUGAAACUACAUAUUAUCCAUUGUGAGCCAUUAAAAUAUCCAAUACCAUUUCAAAACCAGAAACCUCACCCAAGGCCACAUGACAAGGUCGUCAC